AUGGCGCAGCCGGAGGAUGUGGAGAUCAGCAGCGGAGACAGCGGCGGUGCCGGGCCAUCCCAACCGAUGAUCGCUCUCGCCAUCAAGGGCCAGGAUGGUGAGGUGCUGCAUUUCAUGGUGAAUAUUCACAAGCCGAUCAAGAAGCUCCUCCUCAAUUACUGCCAGAAGAAGUUACUGGAUCUCAAACUCUUGACGUUCCUCAUUAACCAGAGGAACUUCGACCACCGCAAGACCCCUGCCGAACUUGGGCUGAAGGACAGGGAGCUGAUUGUUGUCGUGAUGACCAACUAUGGCGGCUGAUGAUCACCGGACAAUGUUCGCGGCGCCUCCUACUCCCAACUUGGAUAUAUGAUUUUAGGAAUCAAGUGUUAACUGUCUCACUCGCUAGAUGGGUAGAAGCUUCUCUGAUUAAUCAAUAUUAACUUUGUGUACGUAUAUGUCUACUUUUGUGACUUCUACCUUGCUACGAUCCUUGUUUUGCGAUUGGCUUCUUUCAUCGCCAUUUCUGGGUGAUGAAGCUGCACAAAUCAACUGGUUAUGCUGCAAAAUCCAUGAUGAAAUGGUCACGCUCGAAUCAGUGAUAUGCUGCUGGACAAUGAUGAAAGAGCAACUUUGUAUCUCUAAUGUUUUUUUAUCUGUGGUGGAAAAAAAAUAUACGAAACGAAAGAGAGAAGAUGAAUGAUCGUACAAAGCAGUUUAAUUUAUUGAUGAGUGACAACUCGAUAUGUAUAUCCAUAACAAAUAUCGUAUAUACUUGUUCUUAGUUAUCUUUUAACCCUCCAACUCAACUCCCAUGAUCAUAUCGUUCACAUGCAUACAAUGUUGUAUAUGUCUAAAUCCUCAAAGAAUGAAUGUAGGAUUUCCCAUUGAGCUCCCUGGCAAAGACGCCUUUGAAGAAAUCUUCCACUAGUAUUUUCUUGAACCUUGGUGGAUUCUCAUCAGUCACCAAGCUUUUGGCAGGGCCUAUCUCUUUCUCAUAGCUUGGCCCAUAAAAUGUUGCGAUGGAGAGCCUUUCUUUCUCUGAAUUCACAGUUGCCCGAUGCUCAAUGCUUCUAUAAGCCCCGUUCGUUACAAUCUCGACAAUGUCUCCAAUGUUGAUGACAAAGGCGUCGGGGAGGGGCUUGACGGAAACCCAAUUGCCGUUUUUCCUGAUUUGGAGGCCUUCGACUUGGUUGAGCUGGAGAAGGAUGGUCAGGCCCGUGGCGUCGGAGUGUGGAGUGAGCCCAAUGACUUGAUUGGGCUGAGGGCAUGGUGGAUAAUAGUUCAUUCUCAUGGAUUGGUGGCCAUCGUCGAAAAGCUCCCUCAUUUCAUUCUCUUCCAUGUCUAGUGCUCUGGCCAUAUGGACCAAGAUCUCCAUUGCUGUUUUCUUCAGCCCCAUUGAAUAAGCCUCCAAUGUGUCCCUUAGAGGCAGGGGAAGGUUUGGGAACAAGUGGGGUUUCCUCUCACUUGGCGGCUGAGUGACGAGGAAGAAGAGGUCAGCCCAAUCCAGCUUCUGUUCAUCGGACACCACGAAUGCUUGGCCGAAGCCUUCUACUUCUCCUUCUCUCUGCCAGAACUUUUGCUUCUCUUCCAUGGUGAGGUUGAAGAACUGCUCCACCUCUGCCUUCACUUUCUCCAGAAGGGCACUGCUGACUCCAUGGUUGAUCAACUGGAAGAAACCCCAGUGGGUGGAAGCGAAGUGGAGCUUGGAGAGCUCAGAGGCCAUGGAAUCAGGCGAAAGCAGCUUCUCCAUAUCGAUCACAGGCACCUCAUCG